AUGGCACGCUCUUCGUGGAAAGCCUUGAGCGUGGCUGCUGCGCUGGUCGCGUUGUACAACUUCUGCAACAGCGUGAGUUUUGUGCCAGGGCCGCUUCGCAGGACGGCUGCCCCAGUGGCAGCUGCGUCCGCAGCCGGCAUGAUGAUGGCUCCCGCUGCUUUCGCCGAUGAGAUCGGUGACGCAGCGAAGAAGCUUGGUGAUGCUUCCUAUGACUUCGCAAAGGAAGUGGACUGGAACAACGGCAUCUUCUUGCAAGCUCCUGGCAAGUUCCAGCCCCUCAAAGCGCUGAAAGCGAUUGACAAGAUGAUUGACAUGGGAGCGGCAGCAGAUCCCAAGCUCUUGAAGGCAGCGGCGGAGGCCCAUCACAAGGCCAUCGGAAGCAUCUCAGGUCCCAACGGCGUGACUUCUCGGGCGGAUUGGGAUGCGGUGAACGCAGCUCUGGGCCGCGUUGUGGCGUCCGUCCCCAAGGCAAAGGUCAUGGACGUCUACAAUGCCGUGAAGGACAUCACUGACCCUAAGGUGCCCGCGUACAUGAAGUCUUUGGUCAAUGGUGCAGAUGCCGAGAAGGCAUACAAGGGCUUCUUGGAGUUCAAGGAUGUGGUGGAAAAGAACCAAGUGACCGCAGUCGGCGCUAAGGCCACUGUGCCCACUGGUGACAAGAUUGGCACGGCGGCGAAGGCCCUUUCGGAUGCAUCCUACCCUUUCUUGAAAGAGGUGGACUGGCUGUCCGAUGUUUACCUGAAGCCGCUGCCAGACACCACCGCCCCGAAGGUGAUGAAGGCCAUUGACAAGAUGAUCGUGAUGGGAAGCCAGAUGGACGGAAACCUCUUGAAGGCUGCCGCUGAGGCGCACCACAAGGCCAUUGGCAGCGUCGACGCCAAGGGAGUGACGUCUGCUGCGGAUUACGAGGCAGUGAACGCAGCUAUCGGGCGCAUUGUCGCAUCAGUGCCGAAGGCCACCGUGAUGGAUGUGUACAACUCCAUGGCCGGAAUUGUGGAUGGAUCCAUUCCCAACAACAUGUUCUCCAAGGUGAACCCUCUUGAUGCAGCUGCCGCUGCAAAGGGUUUCUACACCUUCAAGGAUGUGGUUGCAGCUUCGCAGCGCUGA